AUGUAUGUGAUUUUGGCUGUAGUAUCGCCAGGAGAAAUUGAAAUAUGGGAAGGACUUCUUACAUUUGCCUUCUUCCCACUUACCGUACUUACAGCUUGGAUUGCUGAUAUCAAAAUCAUUCAGACCCGUUUCCUUCCUCGCCGCUAUCGUCGUGGAUCUCAUGGAAUGAUCGCCACCGAGGGUCUUAUUCAUGCUUUGCAGGCGGAUUCCGUAGAUCCUGCUAUCCGAGCUUUCGAAGAGCACCGACGGGAGUUCAUCGAACUGAUGAGGGAGAUCCGAAAAAAGAACCCGCAUAUAACCCCCACGGAAUUGCAAAAGCAAGCUGAAUACGAGAUGAUAACGAGAGGCCCAAAAUCACGAGCAUUCUACCGAGUGCAGGCCACUAGACGUCUUAUAGGCGGUGGAGACAUCGUAAAGAAACGAAUCGACAAAGAACAUAAU